AUGAAGGUCACCUAUGAUGGUCCCACAAAUGAGGACCAAGAGGCUAUCAAUGAUGACACAAAGCCGAUCAUCAUACACGAUUACCCUUUUACUUAUGAUCAAUUUCGACUGCAACACCGCUGCCCCGAUUACGAUCCGUCGAAAGAUUCAAACGGGGAUUCUACACAGUGGAAGACUUAUUUCAACGACGAAGACAAUCCGGGUUGGAGAAUUGUAGAUGAACCCGACGUUGAGGUCAACGUCACGGAUCCCGAGUUUUUCCGCAGCCUCAAACCAGGGGAAUCAUUUGUCAGAAAAAAUCGCCUUGGAUUUUUCGACUUGCAUCCCGAUACAGUGGUCGGCGACACAUAUCGAUACCAGUACUGUGGUGGCCGCGUUGACUGGUGGAUUUGGGGUGAUUGCGAAGAGCAUGCGAAGACGGUAGUGAAAUUACCAUGUUGGCUGCAUGGUCGCGUCGUCGACCCCGCUGAUAAUGAUGGAAGGCCGGUCAUAAUGGUCCCGUCAUCUAAUUUUGUCGAGUUUACUGUUGUUGAAUGA